AUGGAGUCCCUUCCGGCUUUCGCCCGUCGCCUGUACUCCUCCCCUCCCGACGCUCAGACGAGGCAAGAGACGAACCCGACAUUGCUGGUGAGCUGGUGGGCAACGGGAUUCUCCCUCGCCAUUAUUCUCGUGCGGGUCUUCGGUCGAUACAUCCGCACGGAACGAUUAUUUCCGGAAGACUGGGUGAUGGCCUUGAGCAUCCUACCUCUGCUCAUCCGUAUGGGCUUUGUUCAUGUUGUUCUGCUUUGGGGGACCAACAACGCGAUCACCACGGGUUUCUCGGAACAUGAUAUACUUCAACGGGAGUAUGGGAGCAGAAUGGUUUUGGGGGCCCGCAUCUUCUAUGCACUAUUCAUUUGGACAGCCAAGUUCACCGUCACAGCGUUUUUUAAACGCUUGACGGCUCAGAUAUGGCGCCGCUCCUUUCAGCAUGUUCUCGUCGGCAUCCGCUAUUUCCUGCUCGUUACUUUCAUCGCGGUCAUCAUCGCAACGCUGACAGAAUGCCAGCCAUUCGACCACUAUUGGCAAGUUGUUCCGGAUCCUGGCCCCAAAUGCCGUCAAGGCUACGCCCAGCUGAUCACAAUGGGGACCUGCGAUGUCAUCACCGAUCUCUUACUUGUCGCCUUUCCCAUACCCAUUAUUUUUCUGUCAGUCAUGCCGACUAAGCGGAAAGUAUCACUAACCCUCCUAUUCGGCUUAUCCUUAAUUCUGGUCGCUAUCACUUGCUAUCGCGUACCGUCCGUAAUAUCACGCCAUGGGUCGCAACAGUACCGCUCGUUGAUCGCUUCUCUUGAAAUCCUCGCCGCGGCCGCAGUUUCCAAUGCCAUCGUUAUCGGCUCCUUUGUUCGCGACAGGGGACUUAAGAAGCAAAAGUUCAAAGCUGGUUCCUUAACCGAAAGUGUCGAGCAGACGUCCUCACGACGAGCAACUAUAACCCAUCAUCACUGGGGGAGCGACGCUGACCUCGUGGGAGACCUAGGCAUCCGCCUGGACCCAGAGCUUCGUUCUCCUAGCUACCAAAAGAUCCGCCCAGCUCCUGUUGCCCUCCCGAGUGCUCACGUGGCUAAGCGUGGCUCGAUUGAUCCGAACUGGCAAUUCUCGUUCUCUCAAUCUAAUAAUGCCGAUGACGAUCAAACCAACUCCCAUCCUUCCCCCAAAGAUACGACCAUGCCUCCAUCCUACAUGUCCUUAUCCAAAGUCUCCCUGAACGACGUUGGCGGCCUUCUCGAUCCCCCUUCUCCAACAGACCUAACGCGCAACCGUGACGCACAUCCACAGCCACAGUCUACUCUUCAAGACCAGCACCUAACUCGCAGUCGAUCUCUCUUAAACGCCGUAAGCGGCCUUCUCUCACCAGCGCCCGCCUAUUCCGGGUCUUCACAGUCAUCGCUUCACGGGACUCCACCCCAAAACAUCCGCAAUUUCUCACGCCCGGGCACGGCAACUCUCUCGAGUGCAGGACGGCCCAACGGCACAGAAAACUCCUCGGGAACAGCAACACCAAGUGCCUCGCAACGGACCAGGCAGGGACGGACAUAUCCAACGCAAGCUGGGCCUGUACCAGAGCUUCAAGACCUAGGCGGGCUAUUGAGGCAAAACGAUGAUGUUGAACGUAAUCCACACCGCUAA